CUGUGACGUCAUCUUUCCUUAUCGCCAUAGCAACUCAAACUCUCCUGCGCUGCUAAAGAUGGCUAGUGACAACAUGUCGGAUCUUUACUCCUCCGCGUGCUCGGAACAACACGUAGAGAUGAAUCCUCGUGUUGUUCGGGUCCUGAGGAGGUCAACUGGGACGGGGAAUGUCUCCUUAAAACUGUCAGCAAGGAACCGCCUCGAGUGUGUUCAAAGACUUGAGGACAAAGAUGUUUCUCCUCUUCUGAAAUGCCUGAGGAACAACGCGUGUGUGACGGGUGUUGACUUUAAGUACAACAACAUAACGGAUAAAGGGGUUGGUGACUUGGCAGACUUCUUACAGGACAACUCAAGUCUGAAAUCUCUGGACCUCACGCUCAAUGACGUCGGAACAGACGGAGCUGAAGUUCUCGCCAUGAGUCUGAAGAGUAACAGCUCCUUGCUCUCUCUCAGGCUGUCAGGUAAUAAGAUCGGGAACAGAGGAGCGAUGCACCUGGCCGGCAUGCUGCAGGUGAACGACACGCUGAAGGAGCUGGAGCUGGCUGACUGUGACCUGGCCACUCAGAGCGUCAUAGCAUUCGCCAUCGUGAUGCAAAGCAACAAGACUCUUCGCUCCCUGGAUAUCAGCCGACCGCUGCUCUUCAGCCUCCAGGAGGAGUGGACCGUGCACUUCUCUGAGAUGCUGGCGGUGAACAGCAGCCUGGUGGAGCUCCACCUGGGGAAGACAGGGAUGACGGACACGGGGAUGGAGAGGCUGACUGAAGGUCUGAGGCUCAACCACGGCCUGCGCUACCUGGACCUGCGCUGUAACCGUGUGACUCGGGACGGCGUGCGUCAUCUAGCCGAGGUGCUGAAGCAGAACCCAACCCUCGAGGUCAUCGAUCUGUCGGCCAAUAGGAUCGAAGAUGAAGGAGCUUCAUACCUGAGUGAGGCCAUCGCUCGCCCAGGCUGCUCUCUGAGAGAGCUGUCAGUUGUCUGUAACAACAUCAGGACGGAGGGUCUGCUCUCUCUGGCUCAGGCUAUGACAGCAAACUUAACUCUGAGUCACGUCUACAUCUGGGGAAACAACCUGGAGGAGCCUGUGUGCCGGGCCUUCAGAGAGCUGACCUCCAGCGGCCGCCUGCCCUCGGAUCAGACGGAUGUGAGUGCGUACGAGGUGGACGGUCGGGUGUUUCUCGCUGAGGUCUGCCUCGGUUUGAGGAGACACUACGACAGGACCAACACAGACACAUCCUUCACCUCCAACACUGCAGCAGACCUAUUACCAGAACACCCCAAUAACCCCGACUUCACCUUGACACCUCCCAUCCAGGGUCUGUACUUUGUCACGCUGCAGCCCUGCUGAGCUUUCGUUGAAUAAAAACCUCAGAAAGUCUU